UCAACAGGCAUGCCCAAAGAAAAAUACGAGCCCCCUGACCCUCGGAGGAUGUACACAAUUAUGUCCUCCGAGGAAGCAGCAAAUGGAAAGAAAUCUCAUUGGGUGGAGCUUGAAAUAAGUGGAAAAGUAAGAAGCUUAAGCUCAUCUUUGUGGUCACUAACUCACUUGACAGCUUUGUAUCUAAGUGACAAUUCCCUGUCCCGCAUUCCUUCAGACAUUGCGAAGCUUCACAAUCUGGUGUAUCUGGACCUGUCCUCUAAUAAAAUCCGAAGUUUACCGGCAGAACUCGGAAACAUGGUAUCACUCAGGGAACUCCAUUUAAAUAACAACCUGUUACGAGUUCUACCUUUUGAGCUGGGAAAACUGUUUCAGUUGCAGACUUUAGGCCUGAAAGGAAAUCCACUUACCCAGGACAUAUUGAACCUCUAUCUGGAGCCAGAUGGAACAAGAAGGCUACUGAACUAUUUGCUUGAUAAUUUGGCAGUUUCAACAGAACAGCCACCUCCAAGAUCUUGGAUUAUGUUACAAGAACCAGACAGAACACGGCCAACUGCCUUGUUUUCUGUCAUGUGCUAUAAUGUUCUUUGUGAUAAAUAUGCGACCCGGCAGUUAUAUGGCUACUGUCCAUCAUGGGCACUAAAUUGGGACUACAGGAAAAAGGCCAUUAUUCAAGAAAUCUUGAGUUGCAAUGCUGAUAUCAUAAGUCUUCAGGAAGUUGAAACAGAACAGUAUUACAGUUUUUUUCUGGUAGAACUGAAAGAACGUGGCUAUAAUGGAUUCUUUAGUCCUAAAUCUAGAGCUAGGACAAUGUCAGAGCAAGAAAGAAAACAUGUUGAUGGCUGUGCAAUAUUUUUUAAAACAGAAAAAUUUACUUUGGUUCAGAAACACACUGUUGAAUUUAAUCAACUAGCAAUGGCAAAUUCAGAAGGGUCUGAAGCCAUGCUGAACAGAGUCAUGACGAAAGAUAACAUAGGAGUGGCUGUACUGCUAGAGCUUCGAAAGGAACUGAUUGAAGUAUCAUCUGGAAAGCCACAUCUUGGAACAGAAAAGCAGCUUAUUCUCGUGGCUAAUGCUCAUAUGCACUGGGACCCUGAAUACUCCGAUGUGAAGUUGGUUCAAACGAUGAUGUUCCUCUCAGAAGUGAAGAAUAUUAUUGAUAAAGCCUCGAGAAGUCUCCAGUCCAAUGUAUUAGGAGAAUUUGGAACUAUUCCACUAGUGUUAUGUGCAGAUCUUAAUUCUUUGCCGGACUCUGGUGUUGUAGAAUAUUUGAGCACUGGUGAAGUAGAAACAAAUCAUAAAGACUUUAAGGAACUGAGAUACAAUGAAAGUCUUACGAACUUCAGCUGUAAUGGGAAAAAUGGGACAACCAAUGGAAGGAUCACUCAUGGCUUCAAGUUAAAGAGUGCCUAUGAGAGUGGCCUGAUGCCUUACACCAACUACACAUUUGAUUUUAAGGGUAUAAUUGACUACAUCUUCUAUUCUAAACCUCAGCUGAACACUUUAGGCAUCCUGGGACCUCUGGACCACCAUUGGCUAGUUGAGAACAAUAUCAGCGGCUGCCCACACCCACUCAUCCCCUCUGACCACUUCUCACUUUUUGCACAACUGGAGCUCUUACUGCCUUUCCUGCCCCAGGUUAAUGGCAUUCACCUUCCUGGCAGGAGGUAG